GAUCUAGCUGCUACCGGACGGACAACUGUGUGCUGUGCAUAGUGAGAACAUAUUUGAGUUAGCGAUUGUGUCUGACACAGGAAUCGGCGUGACAGGUGUCACACUUAUAGCAUCAGACUCAGUCACUGAUUAUAAACAAGAUGAACAAAUACAGAAAACAGAUGGCAGAGCAGUUCCUGAGUCAGGCCCUGGGCAUCAUCUGCCUGCUGACCGGAGAGGAAUAUGUCAUUGUGAAGAAGGGGCCCUCCCACAGCAGCAUUCACCUGCAGAGCGGAGAGGUGCCUAUAAAGUGUGAUGAUGUUGCUGUGUAUUUCUCUAUGGAGGAGUGGGAGUAUAUAGAGGGACACAAGGAGCUUUACAAGGACGUCGUGAUGGAGACUCACCAAGCACUAAGGACUAAGGAGAUCCCAGGAAAUGAGAGCUCAGGUUACAGAGAUGAAAAUCUAGACACAGAAGCAUAUGGAGACCUUGUACAGAAUAUUCAGCCAGUGGAGACCCCAUCAGACGUCUCUGCAGAACUAACAGGUCACAGUAAUGGAAACCUAGACACAGGAUCACAUGGGGACCUUGUACAGAAUAUUCAGCCAUCAGAUGUCUCUGCAAGUGACAUUAAUACUGACGUAGAUGUUAAAACAGAAGAUAUGCAAGAAAUGUGUGACAGUGACAAUGAAGGUGAAAAUGAUGCUAAGAUUUCUUGUAACAUGGAACAAACAGAAGGUCAGUGGCUAAGAAAUAUGCCAGGAGCUGCAGAACAAGAAAUAUGUGCCAAUAUAAGCACAGACUUGUGUACAUCAUCUGUGUGAGACAGGAUGCAGUCUCAGAAUUGUGAUGUCAUCACUUAUUAUUUAAAGGGCCUCUGUUCAGUAUGCUUUGCCCUUGCGUUGUCUCAGACCUGUUUGUGAGAGCUCCUGUGUAUUACCUGGCUGUCUGACGUCCCUCCUGGUUCUUGAUCCCUGGUUUGCUCCUGACUCUGCUGCUCUCCUUGUUCCUGAUUCCGGCUCGUCUGACUAUUCGCUUUGACUCCUGACUCGGCUCGUCUGACUACCAGUUCUGGUUUUGAUACCUGGCUUAUUUGAC